GGUGACGUUUGGUGGUCUCUUUAUUUUUACCCUCCCACGUUUUGUUUUGUUUCCUUUCGUCGUCGUCUAAGAGGCAUUGGUCAACUGGUGUCAUUCUUGGUUGACAAAAUGUCUAACACAUUCCUACAUUUAGGAGACAUUGUAUCUCUUUAUGCUGAAGGCAGCGUAUGUGGCUUUAUUUCCACGCUGGGACUUGUGGAUGACAGAUGUGUUGUACAACCAGAUGCUGGGGAUAUUACAAAUCCACCCAAGAAAUUCAGAGAUUGUCUUUUCAAGAUCUGUCCCAACAAUCGUUAUUCUGCUCAAAAACAGUUCUGGAAAGCAGCUCGCCAUGGUGUAAAUGCCACAGAUGCUGUAUUGCUGAAAAAGCUUCAUCAUGCUGCUGAGUUUGAGAAGAAACAGAAUGAAGCAGAAAACAAAAAAUUAUGGGGUGAAGUGAUACAGUAUGGUAAUGUGAUUCAGCUUCUACAUUUGAAGAGCAAUAAAUAUCUAACUGUGAAUAAACGGUUACCUGCUUUGCUGGAGAAAAACGCCAUGCGUGUGACUUUAGACAGUGCUGGAAAUGAAGGAUCUUGGUUCUACAUUGUUGCUUACUAUAAACUACGAACACCUGGUGACAGUGUAGUUGUUGGAGAUAAAGUAAUUUUAAAUCCUGUCAAUGCUGAUCAACCAUUGCAUGCAAGCAAUUAUAACCUGAUUGAUAAUGUUGCAUGCAAAGAGGUGAAUUCUGUAAACUGCUCAACAUGCUGGAAGAUCAGUUUGUUUAUGGACUACAAAGAAAACAAAGAAGAUGUCCUGAAAGGCGGAGAUGUGGUACGUUUAUUUCAUGCUGAACAAGAAAAGUUUUUAACUGGUGAUGAAUAUAAGAAAAGGCAGCACAUAUUUCUCCGAACAACAGGGAGAACAUCAGCUACUGCUGCAACAAGUUCAAAAGCUUUAUGGGAGGUUGAGAUUGUCCAUCAUGAUCCAUGCAGAGGUGGAGCUGGUCACUGGAACAGCCUAUACAGAUUUAAACAUUUAGCAACUGAUCAAUAUUUGGCAGCAGAGGUUGAUAAUGACCCAACAGUGGAUUUAAUGCGAAACAAACUAAGAGGUCUCCUAACUAAUCAAGUGUAUUGUUUGGUGUCAGUCCCAAAUGGUAAUGAUAUUUCAUCUUUGUUUGAGCUUGACCCAACGACCACUAUACGUAGUGAUUCAUUAGUGCCAAGAUCUUCCUUUGUUCGUCUUCGACAUCUCUACACAAACACCUGGGUACACAGUACAUCCAUACCUGUCGACAAAGAUGAAGAUAAACCUAUCAUGAACAAGGUUGGUUGUGCUUCCAUUAAAGAAGACAAAGAAGCCUUUGCAAUAGUUCCAGUUUCACCCCAAGAAGUUCGUGAUUUAGAUUUUGCCAAUGAUGCCAGUAAAGUUCUAUCCAAUAUUGCAAUGAAGCUGGAAUCUGGUUCAAUAACUCAGAAUCAAAGAAGGACUGUCACCCAACUUCUGUCAGACUUGCUAUAUUUUCUGGCCAACCAAGAGAACACUGGUGCGGACCCUCUAGAGCUAGAAGUAUCUAAACCAGAUCGUGAAAGACAAAAACUGCUCAGGGAGCAAAAUAUUUUAAAACAAAUUUUCAAAAUUCUUCAAGCACCAUUUAAAGAUACUGGUGAAAGACCAUUUCUUCGCAUGGAAGAACUUGCUGAUCAACGCCAUUCAAAUUACCGAUAUAUCUGUCAGUUAUGCUAUCGAAUUCUCAACCUUUCCCAACAAAGCUAUCGUAAAAAUCAAGAAUACAUUGCCAAACAGUUUCCAUUCAUGCAAAAACAGAUUGGAUAUGAUGUACUUGCCGAAGAUACCAUUACAGCUCUUCUUCACAAUAACCGGAAGCUGUUAGAAGAACACAUCACUGAAUCAGAAAUUGAAACAUUUAUUGCUUUGGUUCGCAAAAACCGGGAACCAAGAUUUUUGGAUUACCUCUCUGACUUGUGCGUUUCCAAUCAAGUUGCAAUACCUAUUACUCAAGAACUAAUAUGCAAAAGUAUUCUUAGCCCAAAUAAUGCAGAUAUUCUCAUUGAAACUCGAAUUGAAAAAACUGAAGUGGAAGUGGAAGUGGAGGUUGAGAUUGAUGAUCCUCAUCAGGAUGCAGGACAGGUAACCUCCUUUUUGGACACACAGGAAGAAGAAGAUGUGAUUCUUGUCUGGGACAAUGGUACUAAACAAAAAUCUAUCCGUGAGCUAGCUUAUGAAAAAGCUGAAUGCAUUGACAAUAAUGACAGAGAUAUUCUAGAAUACUACAGGCACCAGUUAGAUCUGUUUUCACACAUGUGCCUGGACCGACAAUAUUUGGCAAUUGACAAACUUAGUACACAGCUUGAUAUUGAACUGAUUCUGAAGUGUAUGGAGGAUGAGAUGCUGUCAAACGAUAUCAGAGCAUCUUUUUGUCGUUUGAUGCUACACAUGCAUGUGGAUCGAGACCCUCAAGAGAAAGUUACUCCAGUCAAAUAUGCCAGACUUUGGUCAGAAAUUCCUCAAAAGAUUCUGAUUGAAGAUUAUGAAACACUUCAUAGUAAAGAUAUUGAAAAGGAAAAGGUUAAAAGCAGAUUUGCAUCAACCAUGAAAUUUGUAGAGGACUAUUUAUCUACAGUUGCUGCCGAUACUAGUUGGUUACAGAAAGACAGAUUCCAGAAUGAACUUACUUACGAGGUUGUGAACUUGGCCAAACAUCUGAUCUACUUUGGAUUUUACACAUUCAGUGAUUUGCUUCGUCUUACAAAGACAUUACUAAUUAUACUUGAUUGCACUCCCAGUGAACAGAAUGUUCGAAUGAACAAACUACUUGUUGAUGAAUCUGAAGACAAAAGCAGCCUUCCAGCUCAUUUAUUAACUAAGAAAAGUGUAGACAAAAACAGCACAAUUAUCAUGGACACAAAAUUAAAGAUUAUAACCAUACUUCAGUUUAUUCUUCAUGUACGCUUGGAUUACAGAAUCACUUGUUUGUUGACCAUAUUCAAAAGGGAAUUCCUGGAGAAAACUGAUGGAACACAAGCACUGGGUUUUGACAACGUAGCAGCUCAAGCGGAAGAUGUCUUUGGUGGGAGUUCUGAAACAGCGGAAUUAGAUUUAGAUGGACAAGGUGGUAAGAUGUUUCUCCGGGUUCUUCUUAACCUGGUGAUGCACAACUAUCCUGCAGUUGUAUCAGGAGCUCUCCAAUUACUCUUCAGGCAUUUUAGUCAACGGCAAGAGGUUCUUCAAGCUUUUAACCAAGUCCAACUAUUGGUGUCUACAAGCGAUGUUGAAAACUACAAACAGAUUAAACGAGAUUUGGAUGACCUGCGCUUGUUGGUUGAGAAAUCAGAACUGUGGGUGUAUAAAGCUAAACCACCAGAUGGCAAAAAGAAGAAAGCUGCAAAAGAAGAAAAAGAGGGUGGUUCAAAAAAACCUCAGGCUAACCAAAGCCUCAUGAGUGGAUUUGGUAGACGGAAACUGAAAGAAAUCCUAUUGCGCCUUACUAAACUGUGUGUCCAAGAAACAUCAGAGGGAAAUAAAAAGCCAAGGAAACAUGAACAACGAUUACUUAGGAAUAUGGCUGCUCACUCUGUUGUUUUGGAAUUGUUACAAAUUCCUUUUGAUAAGAACAAAGAUAUCCGUAUGCAUGAAAUUAUAAGACUGGCUCAUGAAUUUCUUCAGUGCUUCUGUCUUGGAAAUCCUGCAAAUCAGGUUUUACUUCAUAAAGAAGUUGACCUUUUCUUGAACCCAGGAUUAUUGGAAGCUCAGACAAUGAAAUCCAUUUUUGAAGAUAAUGUACUAUUAUGCAAUGAAAUUUCUGAACGUAUUGUGCAACAUUUUGUUCAUUGUAUAGAGACACAUGGCAGACAUGUUCAGUAUCUCAAGUUUCUUCAAACUAUUGUUAAGGCUGAAGGACAAUAUAUCAGAAAAAGUCAAGACAUGGUUAUGGCUGAACUCAUCAGUGUUGGAGAGGAAGUACUUUUGUUUUACAAUGACAAACCAUCAUUUGAUACUCUGGUGCAACUAAUGCGAUCUGAACGUCAUCGCUCUGAUGAGCGUAGUCCUCUAGCAUACCACAUCAAUUUAGUACAGUUACUAGCUUUGUGUACAGAAGGAAAGAAUGUAUAUACAGAAAUCAAAUGUCACUCACUGCUGCCUUUAGAUGAUAUUGUUAAAGUUGUGACUGAUGUAAACUGUAUUCCUGAGGUGAAAAUAGCUUAUAUUAAUUUUCUAAACCACUGCUAUGUAGAUACUGAAGUUGAAAUGAAGGAAAUUUACACAAGUAAUCAUUUAUGGACAUUGUUUGAAAACUUUUUACUUGAUAUGGCCAUUGUGAGCAAUGCAACAACUGACCGACAACAUGCUGACCUUGUCCUUGAACAAUAUGUUACCACUAUAAUUACUAGUAUCAUCACAACAUUUUUUAAUUCUCCUUUCUCUGAUCAAAGUACUACUGUUCAAACAAGGCAACCUGUGUUUAUAAAACUACUUCAGGGUGUAUACCGAUUGUCCCAAUGUUUGUGGCUGAACGGUGUGCAACGAUAUAAUGUUGAAAAUUGCAUCAAAACUCUUGCUGAUAUUGCAAAGAACCGGAGCAUUGCAAUUCCUGUUGAUUUAGCCACACAAGUAAAGAAUUUGUUUGAGAAGUCUCAGAUUGUCAUGAAACACACCAAGCAUUGGAUAGCUACUGGCAGAAAACGAGAGUCUCUUCAUUCAAGUACUGUGUCCCGUGAUUAUAGAGUCAUCAUUGAAGGUUUACAGGAAAUUGUAGCUCUUCUGGAAGAACAGCUGAAACCUUUAGUCCAAGCUGAGAUGUCUGUGCUUGUUGACGUCCUUCACCAUCCCGAGCUCUUGUUUGUUCAUGGAACAGAAGCUCGUAUCAAAUGUGAAAGUGGAGGUUUUAUUUCUAGACUGAUCAAGCACACAGAACGUUUACUGGAGGAGAAAGAGGAAAGAUUAUGUAUCAAGGUACUUCAAACUUUGAAAAAAAUGAUGACUGUCGAUAUUGAUUAUGGGGAAAAGGUGGACCUGAAGGCACUUAAUAAGACAGAGCUUGAUGACCACAGACGGGGUGAGGCUCUACGACAGAGUCUGUUGACAAAAUAUUAUGGCAAGGAUUAUUUUCGAACAAGGCGAGAGAGUAUUAAUGCCAAUUCACCACAGAUGAAAAGUUUAGGAAUUGUUGGACCAGGUUCUGUAAUGGUCAGCCGAGCUGAAAUGACUCUCCAUGAAGUUCAAUGCCAUUUAGACAAGGAAGGUGCCUCUGAUCUUAUCGUGGAUCUCAUUAUCCAGAAUGCGAGCAACCAAAUAUUCUUACAGACUGUUGAACUUGGAAUUGCUUUACUGGAAGGUGGCAACAGUGUUAUUCAGAAAUCUUUAUAUACAAGAUUGACUAAAGACAAAAACUCUGAAAUAUAUGUCAAAGUGUUUUAUGACAAGAUGCGGGAAGCAGAAGCUGAAAUAAAGAAUACUAUAAUGGUUAAUACCAGUGAUACAUUGAGCUGCAAAAAAAUAACGACCAAUUCACCUCAGAAAGAAUGUAAUAAAGUUAAAAGUGUUGAUGGUAUAUCCAUCAUCAGUAGUGAAGGAGACAGUUCUUUAAGCCGAGGUGUUGGUCACACUGAAGAGAUUGGAUCUGGGGAAGAGUUUCAUUCUAAUAAGACAACAAGCUGGGAGGAAACAAUGAUACAAGAUAAAAACAAAGUGUCUCCCCAGAUUGCUGUACUCCAACCAAUCUUGAGAUUUUUACAGCUUCUUUGUGAAAAUCACAACCGAGAUUUACAGAAUUACUUAAGGAGUCAGAACAACAAAUCAAACUAUAAUUUGGUGUGUGAGACCCUACAGUUCCUUGACUGCAUCUGUGGCAGCACAACAGGUGGUCUAGGUUUGCUGGGUUUGUAUAUCAACGAACAAAAUGUCGAUCUCAUUAAUCAAACAUUGACAACACUAACAGAAUAUUGUCAAGGACCUUGUCAUGAAAACCAGAAUGCAAUCGCCAUGCAUGAGAGUAAUGGAAUUGAUAUAAUUAUUGCACUACUACUCAAUGACAUCAAUUCCCUUGGCAAACAAGGAAUGGGUUUAGUCCUUCGACUAAAGGACAAUGCUUCUAAAUUACUCUUGGCAAUCAUGGAAAGCCGACAUGAUAGUGAGAAUGCUGAAAGAAUUUUGUACAACAUGAAUCCAAAACAACUUGUAAAAGUUGCAAAAGAAACCUUUCAUUCAGAAGAUGUUAUCGAUUGUGAUGCUGAUGAUGAAGAAGAGCAUAGAGAUGGGCAAGUUUCACCAAAAGCUGUCGGACACAACAUAUUCAUUUUAGCACAUCAGCUUUCCCAACAUAACAAAGAACUGGCAAGUCUGCUGAAACCAACUGGUAAAGAUAUCUAUGGAGAUCAAGCCCUAGAUUUUUAUGCUAAACAUACAGCACAAAUUGAGAUUGUACGAAAUGACAGAACAUUAGAAAGAAUAGUUUUUCCGAUCCCUGAGAUAUGUGAAUAUUUAACAGAUGAAACUAAGAACAAAGUCUAUUAUACUGCAGAACGAGAUGAUCAAGGGAGCAAAGUAGCUGAUUUCUUUGAGCGACAUGAAGAUAUGUUUGCUGAAAUGAAGUGGCAAAAACAACUUCGUGCUAAUUCCUUACUUUUCUGGUUUAGUAGUCAUAUGCUACUAUGGGGAAAUAUUUCAUUUAAUCUGGCUGUUCUCAUGAAUUUGUUAGUUGCCUUUUUCUAUCCUUUUGGACAGUCCACAAAAGAACUGGAUUCCCGCCUAUCAGGAUUAGUGUGGGCAGCCAUGUUUGCGUCCUUAGUCAUAGUCAUAAUGGUUCCUCGACCAGCAGGCAUUCGGACCCUCAUUGUUUCAACAAUAUUACGACUUAUUUACUCUGUUGGUUUAGCACCAACACUCUGGCUUUUAGGAGCCUUAAAUGUGCUGAACAAAGGUAUAUUCAUUAUCAGUCUAAUGGGAAACCGGGGCAGUUUUACUCGCUCCUUUAAACACCUGCUGAUGGACUUUGAACUUGUUUACCAUAUUAUCUAUUUGUUGCUCUGUGUGUUGGGCCUCUGUGUUCAUGAAUUUUUUUACAGUCUUCUUCUUCUGGAUGUUGUCUACAGAGAAGAAACCCUACUUAAUGUGAUAAAGUCUGUUACAAGAAAUGGACGUUCAAUCAUUCUCACUACGGUUCUUGCCGUUAUUCUCAUCUACCUCUUUUCUAUCAUUGGUUACGUCUUCUUCCGAGAUGACUUUAUGAUGGAAGUGGAGCAUUUGACAGAAAUUCCAAACGACACUGUUUCUAAUAUUACAUCUGACACUUGCUCCAAUAAUGACAGCUGCUCUGUAAGUAAAUCAUGGGACCACUGGAACUGGUGGCAUAAAGAUGAAACAAGAGAUGACGAUGUUGAAGAUAAACAGCGAGCUUGUGAUUCUCUGAUCAUGUGUAUUGUUACAUCACUCAAUCAAGGACUACGAAAUGGUGGAGGUAUUGGAGAUGUCCUGCGCAAGCCCAGUAGUAAGGAACCAUUGUUUGUUGCACGAGUCAUCUAUGACCUUCUGUUCUUCUUCAUUGUAAUUAUUAUUGUCUUGAACUUAAUAUUUGGUGUCAUCAUUGAUACCUUUGCUGAUCUGAGAAGUGAAAAACAGCAAAAAGAAGAAAUAUUAAAGAACACUUGUUUUAUAUGUGGUUUGGACAGAUCAUCAUUUGAUAACAAAGCAGUGUCUUUUGAGGAACAUUUAAAAUCAGAACACUGUAUGUGGUAUUAUUUAUUCUUCAUUGUUUUGGUCAAAGUAAAAGAUCCCACUGAAUUCACUGGACCAGAAAGUUAUGUCUAUGCAAUGAUUAAGGAUAAAAAUUUGGACUGGUUCCCUCGUAUGCGAGCUAUGUCUUUGACUGCAGAAGAGAGUGAUGGGGAACAGAAUGAGCUACGAAAUUUACAGCAGCAGCUUGAUAACACAAAUAAAUUGGUCCUUACCCUCUCACAACAACUCAUAGACCUCAAAGAACAAAUGACUGAACAAAGGAAACAGAAACAACGUUAUGGUUUACUGCAUUCUAACACAUUACCAAUACCAAAUAACCAGAAUGUUUGAUUCCUUCAUUCAUGACAAAAUUUUCACUACUAACAUCUUAGAUUUGUUCAAUGGAAGCUAUUGAUGUUCUCAAUGUCAUGUGAUGUUUGUACUGCGUCAAGUUCUCAAAACUGCUGCACUUUUACCGCUGCUACCAAAGAGAAUUGGUCACUAAGCUGCUGCUAUCUUAGAGAAUUGGUCACAAAUAUCUCAUUCUAUUCACAUUGAGUAGAAUAUUAGACCUUAUUUCAGUAGUUACUUAUUUAACGGGAUUUUUCGGUUCUAUAUUUUUAUUCCAUUUAUAUAUUUAUUUAUAUUUUUUGAGGUUUCUUUGGGUUUCUUUUUUU